AUGAGCUUAUUUUCUUUUACGCCAACUGGAGGUUCCAACAUGCCACGCACCACAUCCACGGAGGAAAACACCACGUCGGAUUGUCAGACAAGUUUGAAUCAUCCGCCUCCCAAAAUGACCUUUACGGAUAUGCUAAACACCAAAAUCCAAAACAGCAAUAAACACAGCUCAGAAGAUAAAAACAGCAACUGCAGCACAGUUGAUGAGGUGUUGGAUUGUUGCGAUUACGGUUAUGGAUGUGUUCAUGGAAAUGCACUGGUGGAAGAGGGCGCGGAAGAGAUGCGACGCCGCUACUUUUUGGAAAUGCAGCGCAACCUCCUUGAUGAUGUGGAUACGGACAAUGAGGAACAAAUAGACAGCAAGAUCGUUAGCACUUGCCGAAGCACCACAUCUGUCAGUGCACGUGAUUCCUCAGAAGUUCUCGGCCCCAUACCUUUACCACAUGACGGAGGAGAUGUGUUGUCUUUCAACCCAUUUGCCUCCAGUGUUACCUAUAGCCCCUUGUCCGAUGAAAACGGUUGCGUGGAAAAUUUAUCUCCGAACCCCAGCAGCCGCACUCCACUGAGCAGCUCAACAUCCGGGGCGCAGCUUCCCAAUGGAAGUUUUUCCUCUAUCUCUCCCUCGCUCUCCACUCAUCCGACUGGGCGAUUAGCCACGCGAAAAAAUGUAUACGUGAGUGAACUUCCGACCCAUUGGAAUACGGAGAAACUCCGCAGCGUCUGCGCCACCUUCGGUAAUAUUGUCAGUGCUAAAGUUAUGCACGACAGCAACACAAAUGAGUCGCGGGGUUAUGGCUUCGUCAUGUUUGAGACGGAUGAACAGGCAGCUCUAUGUGUGCGCACACUGAACAGUUGCAAAGUGGAUGGACGGAUGUUGUCAUGCCGCUUCGCUCACGAGAAAGCCAUGCCGUCGUUUGCCCACUCUGAUCGUAUCCCAUGGCAGGAAUUCGGUCGCUCCCCCAAUUCCACAACACCGUCCCUCUCAAAAGACAAACUGACGGAUGUAAAAACCCAACCCGACCAACAGCAGGGAGGUAACUCACUUCCCAAUAUGGAGUUACUGAAAGGCGCCCAUGUUGCAUGUUUCGGAGACCGCAGUCGCCCAAUGGUGCAACGGAGCCACAACAUAUUCAUUCAAGGUCUGCCACUGCAGUGGAACACGGAUAAAUUACGCAGCCUUUGCGGCACUUUUGGAAAAGUAGAGCUGGCUAAAGUUGUUCGGGAUGCCACGACAAGCCUAUCGUGCGGCCAUGGUUUUGUUCUGUUUGAGCGAGAGGAGGCUGCAGCUCUUUGCGUUGAGCGUUUAAAUGGUGCGACCGUUGAGGGUCGGACACUUACAUGCCGUUUCGCGAGAGAUAAACGAGGUCCGGGAGUUGCAACUGGAGCGGCGCCUUCACCACCUGUACGGCCGUCUGGAAAUGACUUUUUGAAAAACACAGCACCGUUACUUGUCCGAAUGGUAGACGCACAGGAAAGUCCAUCAAUGUUACUUCAGUCGGCAGUUGGCUCUAACAAGUGGUCAACCGUUACAGUUCCACAAAAUUGUCACACGGCUGUUUAUUCGCAAUCACCGUUACUUGUUGCGGGCGGUGUCUCACCAUUACUCGGCCUCUCACCUGUUGUAUCUCCUAUGGUACCAUCUGGCGUCAUGACAGAAAUGACGGAACCACCGCAUGGCAUGCAAAGUUUUGGGUGUAAUAUUGCGGGAUUGCAAUGCCUUAUUGCCGUACCGUAUCAUCAAACUCGAAUUGUAUCGGGUUUUAGCAACGGCGACGGCGGGACAUUUGCUGCACUUACGUAA